GAACUCCCCCUUAAACCAACCAACCCUCCACUAAUUCACCAUUUUCUCUCUCCUCACCCACCCAAACACUAGCUACCUUUUCCCCCUUUUGUCUUCACAUCCCACCAUUUUUAGUCCAAAUUUUUUUCUGGGAUUUGAAGGAAAAUAAUGUUUGAUUUGGGAGAUGAUAUAAUUCUGGACAACAACAACAUUCCAUGGCUAAUUUGGAUUCAGAUUUUGGUCAUGUUUUUGCUAACCCUCACCAUUUUGCUCUCUUACUUUGGUUACUUUGUUCUUGAUUCUUCUUCUACAAGCAGUUCUUCUGUUUCGAAGACUUCUUCUAGCUGCAAUCCAAGUGCCCAGCAGGUAGCUGAUAACCAUGAUGCGAGGAGGGAAAUAACUACUACGACAUCUAGCAACAGAGUGAGGUGUGUAGGGGAAAGGGAUGGCUCUUCCAUGAAGGAUGUAGCUUCUUCCUCAGUUGCAGCACGUUUCUUCCACCCAUGCCGUUAUUUUGAUUUUGCUAAAGAAGCUUUCCUCAAAUGUCUAGGUUUGGAUUCAGAAUCUCCUGACGAAGAACACAAACAUGAAGACUGAUGGAUGCAUCUUUCCACUUCCACUUUUGAUCUUCAUAUAGUCUCUCAUUCACACUAUAUAUACGUCCAAGAUGAAAAUCAGGUAGCUUUUUCUUCACAAAUUAUUGUUGUUUUGCAUAUAGGAACUUAGCUGUACAGAUUGGACGGGAAAACAAGUGCAUAUAUAUGCUAUUGGCAAAAUGUAUAAAAUCGGUGUCUUAACAGUUAACAUGUAUCAGUAACUGACUUUUGAAGGGCACAAAGCCCGCACAGGAUUGUUCUGUGGGUACUAGGAGAUUCAAAUAGUUUGGAUAUUUCAGUUAGAUUUCGAGGCAAUGGUGUUUGAUGUAAUUUUGUACAUGUGCGCACACAUAAUUUUUUUUAUUUUUUUACGGGAAAAAAAUUUGGACUUUUUUUUUUGUUAGUAUUCCAAAA